AUCGACAGAAAAAAAAGAAGAUGGCAGGACAGCAGCGAGGUUGGGUCGAGGAUCACUACUACAAGAGCUUCGUGCUCGAGGUAGGAGGAGUUCUCUUUCUUCUUCAUACGAUUUUACCAUUGACGAAAGUUACGACUUGAGAAAUACUCAGCAGACAGAGAGAAGGUUGUUUGUUUGGUUCAGCCUUGUUGUUGUUGACGAUUGAAGAGAGAGAGAUAUUAUCUACUUCUCAAUUCCAUCUAUUCCAUCACCCGACACGAAUCUUCCUCACCGCACAAGCACACAAGCACACACACCUCACAACCACCUGCCCAACACCAUCUCACCAGCCAACAUCCCUCCACGCACAACAUAACACCCAAACCCCACGGACCGCGAAAAUGACACAAGAAAACGACGUGAUAGCGAUAAUAAUCGUCGUCCUCUUCGUCAUCCUCACCCUGAUCGCCUUCGCCAUCUACAGACUGGUGUCCAUCGCGCGCGGCAGCGUCGUGAGCAGUAGUAGCGGCAGCGGGAGCGGGAGCGGGAGUUCGAGGAGUUUGGUUGAUGAUUGAUCUUCUUGAGAGGAAUGGGAAAAAGGAAGUUUGGACGAGAUGAGAUAAUGACUGUUGAUAUGAAAAGAUGGGGCGGGCAUUUUUCGGUGUAUAUAUAGAUUACGUGGCAUGGCAUGGCGUUGUGGAUAGGAUUGGUUUAUACAGCAGUAGAUAUCCUCUUGGAAGGAGUAUCGAUUUCGAUAAGAAUGAAAGAUUACAUACAUACAUACAUACACAUUCUCAUGGAUGAUGAUUUCGGGUUUUUGCGAUUCCAUUACAGACAGCGGGAAAAUGUAGUACGAUGAAGAAAUAAAAAGAAGCAGCGCAAGGUUUUCUGUACACUACAAGUAUAGGAGGCAAGCAAUGAUGACAAU